AUGCUCACCCCCCCGACAGCCCGCAAGCAGAGGCUCCAACGACAACUGCAGAAGAGGUUUCAGUGUCUGAUUGAGGGCAGCAUAGAGCAGGGAAGCUCCACAGAACUGAAUAAGAUCUACACUGAUCUCUACGUCACAAAGGGAGGGUGGGGUUGGAUCAAUGAUGAACACGAAGUCAGACAGAUAGAGAGAGCAUCCUGGAGUGAAGAGGAAUUAGGCAGACCAAUCAAAUGCAGUGACCUCUUUAAACCUGGAUCUGGACAAGCCAAACCCAUCAGAUCAGUGCUGACUAAGGGAGUGGCUGGCAUUGGAAAAACGGUCUCUGUGCAGAAGUUCAUUCUGGACUGGGCUGAAGGGAAAGCCAAUCAGGAUGUCCACUUCAUAUUUCCCUUUCUUUUCCGGGAGCUGAACCUGAUGAAGGAGAGGAAACUCAGUCUGGUGGGUCUUAUCCAACACUUUUACCCCAAGAUAAAAGCAGAGGAAAUACUUACCAGUUCAAAGCACAGAGUGAUGUUCAUCUUGGAUGGUUUGGAUGAAUGUCGGCUUCCUCUGCAGUUCAGACACAGUUCAGAGUGCUGUGAUGUGACAGAGCAGGUCUCAGUCGACAUGUUGUUGAAAAACCUCAUCCAGGGCAAUCUGCUUCCCUCUGCUCUCCUCUGGAUUACCACCCGACCAGCAGCAGCCAGUCAGAUCCCACAAUCAGAUCCAGAUCAAAACUAUGUGGACCGGAUGACAGAAAUAAGGGGAUUCAACGAUCCACAGAAAGAAGAGUACUUUGGGAAGAGAAUCAGUGAUGAGAAUCUGGCCAGCAGAGUCAUCAGACACCUGAAGUCAUCCAGGAGCCUCUACAUCAUGUGCCACAUCCCGGUCUUCUGCUGGAUUGCAGCCAUUGUUGCAGAGAGAACAUCAGAAGAAUCAGACAAAGCUGAAAUGCCAAGGACUAUGACUCAAAUGUACAGCCGCUUUCUCAUCAUUCAGACCAGCAUUAAAAAAGAGAAGUACACAGAGAGAAAAGAGACAGAAGAAGAUAUAAUUUUCAAACUGGGGAAACUGGCAUUUCAGCAGCUGGAGAAGGGCAACCUGAUCUUCUAUGAGGAAGACCUGAGAGAGGCUGGCAUUGAUGUCACAGAAGCAUCAGUGUACUCAGGAGUGUGUACUCAGAUCUUCAGAGAGGAGAAGGAUGUUUACCAGGCAAAGGUGUUCAGUUUUGUGCAUCUGAGCAUCCAGGAGUUCCUGGCUGCGUUAUAUGUGUUUCUCUGCUUCAGCAACAGAGAGAGAGACAUGUCUGACCAACAGCAAACCUCUCCGCUCUCUGCUCUGUUCAGAGCUGCAACACUUCAUGACCUGCACAAGACUGCAGUGAAUCUGGCCUUACGGAGUAAGAAAGGACACCUGGACCUUUUCCUCCGCUUCCUUCUGGGCCUCUCACUGGAGUCCAAUCAGAACCUCCUAGAACAUCUUCUGCCAAAGAUCAACUGCCAAUCACAGAGCUCAGUACAGACAGUACAGUGUGUCAAAGAGAAGUUCAGAGAUGUGCGUAGUUCAGACAGAAGGAUCAACCUGUUGUACUGUCUUAAUGAGCUGAAUCAGUAUGCUGUAGUCGAGCACAUUGACAGGGAGGAAGGAAAGCUGUAUGUAGAGAUGCUCUUACCAGGAGAGCGGAAGACUGUGGAAUUUGGACUCAGUAUGUCAGAAGAGCAGCUAGAUGGGGUUGACCUGCAGAAAUACAUAGAGACACCAGAGAAAGACCAGACAGAACUCCUCAGCCCUGAUGAUGUUCUCCAGAAGCUGGUGCCAGUGGUCACAACAUCCACAAAGGCAACGCUGCGUGGCUGUAAGCUGACAGUUAAGAGUUGUUCCCAUCUGGCCUCUGUUCUGUCCUCACAAUCCUCACAUCUCACAACUUUGGUGCUGGACUGGAACGAUCUGGGUGACUCUGGAGUGAAACUUUUAUGUUCUGAACUUCAACAUCAACACUGCAAAUUGAAAGAACUACGGCUGAGUGGCUGUAAGCUGACAGGAAAGAGUUGUCGUCUUCUGGCCUCUGUCCUGUCCUCACCCUCCUCACGUAUCGAAAGGCUGGACCUGGAGCGUAAUGACCUGAGAGCCUCAGAUGUUAAACAGCUCUCUGCUCUGAAGGAAGACCCCAACUGUAGACUGGAGACACUAUGGUGGAAUUUAUAGCAAAUGAGGAGCAGUGAGGAGUCCUGAGAUGAGACCAGCACGCACCCACACACACACACACUGACACACUGACAC